AUGGAAGCCGAAUACACCAAUUCAUUAAUUUCUGUUAUAGUGGCGGAAUUGUUGCGAGGGUUGUGUUGGCAUCUUCUAUUGUAUUAUCUGAUUCCAUAUGCUCGAUCCGAAGCGCAUAUUCAUGAAUUACUUGAAUAUAUUUGUGAUAAAAGUAAAGAAUAUUCGAUUGUCACUCAUCCGAUUACUGGCAAAUCAGUUUACGUUCGUAAAGAUUCUACUUCUCGUGUCGGUAGCGUUGAUAAAACAGUUCUAUCAAAACUUAAUGCGGCGUGUAGUGAUUUUUUGGAUGAUCACGAAGAAGAACUUGUGAAUUUCAUGAAAAUUGUACAAAAUGAACCAGUCAGAGAAUUCUGCCAUCGACGACUAAAUAUUUGUACAUCGGUAGAUGUAACUCCUUUUCCUGAUUUAAUUAACGAAUCAGCUCGACAUUUCGAUGAAAGCCAUGAAUUAUAA